UUAGAGUUUGAUCACACCAACAAGGCAAGAGAAAAGAAAGAAGCUAAAUGCUAGAAAAGAUGGCUACCUGCAGACACCAUUGUUGCUCAAGCUUUAUAUUUCUGUUAUUACCGUUACUCCUACAGUUUCAUUUAGGCAAAAGCGAUCUCCAAUUGAACUACUAUGCUGAAAGUUGCCCAAAUGCUGAAGAGAUCAUCAAACAAGAAGUCACCAAGCUGUACGAUAAACAUGGAAAUACAGCUGUUUCUUGGGUUAGGAAUCUCUUCCAUGACUGCAUGGUGAAGUCAUGCGAUGCAUCCCUGUUGUUGGAGACAGUGAAUGGAAUCCAGUCAGAACAACUAUCCGAUAGGAGUUUUGGGAUGAGAAACUUCAAGUACGUUGAGACAAUCAAACAUGCUCUUGAGAAAGAAUGUCCAAUGACAGUUUCCUGUGCUGACAUCGUCUCUCUUUCUGCUAGAGAUGGCAUUGUCUUGCUUGGAGGACCACGCAUUGAAAUGAAAACUGGCAGGAAAGAUAGCAAGGAAAGCUACCUGACAGAGGUAGAGAGUACCAUCCCCAACCACAAUGAUACAAUGGAAUUGGUGCUUUCUCGCUUUCAAUCCAUUGGCAUUGACACCGAAGGAACAGUAGCUUUAUUUGGAGCUCAUUCGGUAGGCCGAGUUCACUGUGUAAAUUUCGUGCACAGGCUCUACCCCACGGUUGAUCCAACAUUGGACCCUCACUACGGCGAGUACCUCAAAGGAAGGUGCCCAUCACCGGACCCUGAUCCGAAGGCGGUGUUAUACGCAAGAAACGACCGUAAAACGCCAAUGAUUCUUGACAAUAUGUACUACAGGAACUUGCUGGAGCACAAGGGACUGCUCUUGGUAGAUCAGCAGUUGACAUCUGAUCCAACCACGUCCCCUUUUGUGGAGAAAAUGGCUGCUGAUAACGGAUAUUUCCAUGACCAAUUCGCAAGAGCUGUGCUGUUGUUAUCCGAGAAUAAUCCACUUACAGGAGAUCAAGCAGAGGUUAGAAAGGAUUGCCGCUAUGUGAACAGUGAUUAACACUAUGAUGUUAAAAUAAACAAUGAAGUUUCCUUUUAGCAUGCUUAAGAAGAAAGGAAGAGUUUUCGUUUUCGUGCUUGCAUCUUACGAGUUAUAUAUUUGCGAUGCAAUAAACCUUUCUGAUAAUUGUGAUUA